AUGCUUUCUCCCGAUUGCUUUCGAGAUCUCAGGCUGAUUUCUACAGGUGACGAUGACAAGGUCCGUCCAGCCGAGGGCGAGGCCCCGAGAGGCAUGGACAAGAAUGGACAGGCCUAUCCAGAACCUUCAACAUCCGAGAACACACCGAAGCGAUAUCUGACGCGAAUCGAGCGAACGCUGAUGCUGUACAAUGUCGAAGCUCGUGGUAUCCAGCGAGUCUCGCCUGAAGAUCGACACGACAUGAGCAAGCUGGGCUUUAUGCAAAUCUUCCUCCUCUGGUUCAGCAUCAACUUGGAAGCAGUCGUCCUCGCUUUGGGUUUCCUGGGCCCAAUCGUGUACUAUCUGCCAUUCCGGGACAGUGCGCUCUUGGCCGUCUUCGGAUCGAUAGUCGGCAUCUUGCCAGUCGCUUACAUUGCGACGUUUGGACCGCGCUCCGGCAACAGGACCAUGAUUCUCACCAGAUACAUCACCGGCUGGUACCCUUCGAAGCUCAUCGUAGUCCUCACCUUGAUCAUUUUCCUCGGAUACCUCCUCAUCGAUGGCGUAGUGGGCGGCCAGAUCCUCAGCGCCGUCAGCUCGAACGGGAGUCUGAGUGUGAUUGUCGGCAUCGUCAUUGUGUGCGUGAUCACCUGGGUCGUCUCGACCUUUGGAUACAGCGUCUUCCAUCUGUACGAGCGAUAUGCUUGGUUGCCACAGCUCAUAGUCUUAUCGCUACUGGCAGGUGUGGCAGGCCCCAAAUUCGAUCUCUAUGGCAACCCAUCGGCUGGUCUUUCGGCAAAUGUCAUCGCCGGCAACAGACUGAGCUUCUUCAGCCUAUGUCUUGCAAGCCAGAUCACCUAUGCGCAAGGCGCGGCGGACUUCUUCGUCUACUAUCCGGUCAACGUCUCUCGCACCAAGGUCUUCAUCGCCACGUUCGCUGGUCUGACACUGUCUUCUGCCUACGCAUUGGUCGUCGGAGUUGGUCUGGGCUCCGGAACAGCAACGAACCCGAGCUGGAUGGAAGCCUACAACGUCUCCCAAGGAGCGCUCAUCGUGGAGGCUUUCCGACCACUCGGGUCUUUUGGCUCCUUCUGCAGUGUCAUCGUCUCACUCAGUCUCAUCGGCAACAUGGUCCCGCCGACUUACGCUUCCGGCAUCGACUUCCAAGCUCUGGGUCGAUAUUGGGAGAAAGUCCCGCGGAUCAUCUGGAACACAGUUGCUAUAGUCAUUCCUAUGGUCUGCGCCAUAGCGGGACGCGGACACCUUGCGGAGAUCUUUACCAACUUUCUGGCUUUGAUGGGAUACUGGGUCAGUAUAUGGAUCGCCAUCGUGCUGGAAGAACACUUCCUCUUCCGAAAGUGGCUCGGCCGCGGCUGGGAUUGGGAGGCAUGGAAUGACCGGACAAAGCUGCCGAUCGGUAUUGCUGCGCUGGUCGCUUUCUUGGUGGGAUGGGUCGGUGCCAUUCUGUGCAUGGCACAGGUCUGGUAUGUUGGACCUCUCGCGGGACUCAUCUCGCAGUACGGGGGCGAUGUAAGUGUUCUUGAUAGUAUUCUUUCCGGGGAAGAAUUGCUGACUGGUCACAGAUGGGCAACUACGUUGGCUUUGCGUGGGCCGCAAUUGUAUUUCCGCCGCUGAGAUAUUGGGAGCUGCGGAAGUUUGGGCGGUAA